UGGACGCAACCCAGUUCACCUGUGAGAGGCACGGGAAGCUUGUAGGAGGUCCCUGGAGAAGAUGACAUUCUGGAGAAAAAAUGUAAACACUGAGAAGGAACGUCGUGUGAAAGCCAAUGCCAGGAACUACAAUGAUAAGUUCCAUUAUUCAGACAACCACAUCAAAACCUCAAAGUACAACCUCUUCACCUUCCUGCCUCUCAACUUGUUUGAGCAGUUCCAGAGAGUGGCCAAUGCUUACUUCUUAGUACUGCUAAUACUUCAGGUAAUUCCAGCAAUUUCCUCUUUGUCCUGGUUCACAACCAUUGUGCCUUUGGUGUUAGUGCUGGUCAUCACAGCAGUAAAGGAUGCAACAGAUGACUAUUUCAGACAUAAAAGUGACCAGCAAGUCAACAACCGCCUGUCUCAGGUUGUCAGCAGGGGAAGUCUGCAGAAUGAGAAAUGGAUGAACAUCCAAGUAGGGGAUAUCAUCAGAAUAGAGAACAAUCAGUCUGUCGCCGCAGACGUCCUCCUUCUCUGUAGCAGUGAGCCAUAUGGACUGUGUUAUAUUGAGACUGCAGAGCUGGAUGGAGAGACAAAUUUGAAGGUUCGCCAGGCUCUGACUGUCACCUCAAAAAUGGGAGAUAUUUCUAGACUAAUGGAUUUUGAUGGUGAAGUGAUCUGUGAGCCACCAAACAACCGACUGGAUAAGUUUAUAGGAACUCUGUUGUUGAAGAACGACAAAUACCCUCUAGAUAAUGAAAAAAUGCUGUUGCGUGGCUGUGUACUCAGAAACACUGAGUGGUGCUUUGGGAUGGUCAUAUAUGCUGGACUACAAACCAAACUGAUGCAGAACUGUGGGAAGACUAGAUUUAAAAGAACAAGUAUUGACAAGCUCAUGAACACAUUGGUAUUAUGGAUCUUCACUUUCCUCAUUUGCAUGGGACUCACUUUAGCUGUAAUAAACACCUGCUGGGAGCACUGGAUCGGCAUAAAAUUCCAGGUAUUUCUGCCCCCGGAUGAGAUUCAGAACAGUGCUGUUUUCUCCGGGUUCCUUGCCUUCUGGUCCUACAUUAUCAUCCUUAACACAGUGGUGCCCAUUUCACUGUAUGUCAGUGUGGAGGUUCUACGGCUCGGUCACAGUUAUUUCAUUAACUGGGACCUGAAGAUGUACUGCAGGAAGACAGAGACACCAGCGGAGGCUCGCACCACCACCCUGAACGAGGAGCUGGGUCAGGUGGAGUUCAUCUUCUCUGAUAAAACAGGCACCCUUACCCAGAACAUCAUGGUGUUCAGCAAGUGCUCCAUCAAUGGACACAUGUAUGGUGACAUCUUCAAUGAAUUUGACCAGAAAGUGGAAAUCACAGAAAAAACUGCCUGUGUGGAUUUUUCUUUCAACCCUCUCAGUGACAGAGGGUUCAAGUUUUAUGACAGCAGCCUACUUGAAGCCAUUAAACUGGAGGACCCUGCAGUGCAUGAGUUCUUCAGGCUGCUGGCUCUGUGUCACACUGUCAUGCCAGAGGAGAAGACUGAAGGUAAACCGUGAAGUCUGGUGUACCAGGCACAGUCUCCUGAUGAGGGCGCUCUUGUCACUGCAGCACGAAACUUUGGCUUUGUCUUCAGAGCACGGACUCCUGAGAGCAUCACGCUGUGUGAGAUGGGACGAGCUGUCACCUACAGACUGCUGGCCAUACUGGACUUCAACAACACACGCAAGAGAAUGAGUGUCAUUGUCAGAAAUCCAGAGGGUCAGAUUAAACUGUACUGUAAAGGAGCUGACACAAUGAUCUUUGAGCGUUUGGAUCCAUCCAGUGAGGACCUCAUGUACACUACCUCAGAGCAUCUUCAUGAAUUCGCAGAAGAAGGGCUCCGAACAUUAGCUCUAGCAUACAAAGACCUUGAUGAAGAUUAUUUUGAUGUUUGGAUGAAGAAGCUUCUGUUUGCCAGCACUGUUAUCGAGAACCGCGAUGAUCAGCUGGCUGCACUCUAUGAGGAGAUCGAGCAGGGCUUAAAGCUUCUAGGAGCCACAGCCGUCGAGGACAAACUUCAGGAAGGAGUCCCUGAGACUAUUGCACGUCUAACUCUGGCCGACAUCAAGAUCUGGGUCCUCACAGGAGACAAACUAGAGACAGCGAUGAACAUCGGCUACUCAUGCAACAUGCUGCGAGAUGACAUGAAUGAAGUGUUUGUUAUUUCUGGAAACACAUUGCUGGAGGUGCAGCAGCAGCUCAGGAGUGCUGAAGAGCAGAUUCUCAGCCUGAGUCGGGUUUACCCUGCAGAGGACAUUGAAAAGAGUAAUUUGUGUGCAGAGGAUUUUGUAUUUGGAGAGGCCAUUAUUGCAGAAUAUGCCUUGGUCAUCAAUGGGCACAGUUUGGCUCACGCUCUGGAGCCACAGCUGGAACAUGUUCUGCUGACUUUGGCCUGUUUGUGUAAAAGCGUGAUCUGCUGCAGGGUCACUCCCCUGCAGAAAGCUCAGGUGGUGGAGCUGGUGAAGAGGCACAGAGGUGCCGUCACUCUGGCCAUCGGAGAUGGAGCAAAUGAUGUCAGCAUGAUCAAGACUGCUCACAUCGGUGUUGGUCUCAGUGGUCAGGAGGGGAUGCAGGCUGUCUUGGCCUCAGAUUACUCCUUUGCUCAGUUUCGUUACCUGCAGCGCCUUCUGCUGGUGCAUGGACGCUGGUCUUACGUCCGCAUGUGCAACUUCCUGUGCUACUUCUUCUACAAGAACUUUGCCUUCACACUCACUCACGUCUGGUACGCAUUCUUCUGUGGCUACUCAGCUCAGACUGUAUAUGACCAGUGGUUCAUUACACUCUACAAUGUAGUCUACACAUCUCUACCAGUCCUGGCAGGGGGGCUUUUUGAUCAGGAUCUCAGUGACCAGAGCAGUCUGCGUUACCCGAGCCUGUACAAACCAGGCCAGCAGAACCUUCUCUUCAACAAACGCCAGUUUCUUCUCUGCACACUUCAAGGACUUGGCACUUCUUUCCUGCUUUUCUUUAUCCCCUAUGGAGCCUUCACUGUCAUGGUCAAAGAGGAUGGCUCCAACAUUUCUGACCAACAAUCAUUUGCUGUUACCAUAGCAACGUCUUUAGUCAUUGUUGUAAGUGUUCAGAUUGGACUUCAUAAACUCUACUGGACAGCUAUAAGUCAUCUGUUCUUAUGGGGCAGUUUGAUUGUGUACUUCGCUGUUUUAUUUACAAUGCACAGCGACGGCAUGUUUGGUAUCUUCACAAGUAAUUUCCCAUUUGUGGGAACGGCUCGUAGCUGUCUGUCAGAGAAGAAUGUGUGGUUGGUUAUUCUGCUCACCUCUGUGGUUUGUGUCCUGCCCAGCUUAGUGGUCUGCUUCAUGAGUGCUGAGCUUUUUCCAACACUGACAGAUAAGAUUCGACAUCUACAGUCCAGACAGAAGGAGGCCCCUCAGGAGCAGAACCUGAAGCGAGUUCGGAGGUCGAGCUCUCACCGCUCUGCAUAUGCAUUCUCCCACCAGCAGGGCUACGGAGAGCUGAUCACCUCAGGGAAAAACAUGAGGGGUGGGUCUGCUCGCUCUCCCGGAAGGACACCACACAGCACCACCUGGAUGGAAAACGUGCUGAAGAGAAAAAAUGCAGUCUCCUGCAUGUCUGAUACAGAGCAGGAGAAAUCACAAAGCUACAAGAGAGAAACACAGACUGCAAAACAACAGCACACAAACUUAACUUGAUUUUGUGAACUACAGAAACUUUACACAAUAUUGGAUGAAAAAUGUGUGUAUCUUACAGAAAAAGUCACAAGCCAACUAAAAAAUGAGAGAAAUUAAUGAUGAAGGACAACAUUGCGUAUGCGUUGGAAGUGUUAGAUCUGAUCCAGAUUCAGAUUCAAAGCUUUAAAUUUUUACAUGUUGUUGAAGGCAUGCCUUUUUCUAAAUACUAAAGAAAAUUUGGGACAUUUUAGUACCUAAAAUACAGUGCCUGAGGCAUUUUGGCUGGCUCUUCAAUAAAUUAUUGAACUACAUUCAAUGGAAGUAAAAGGUUUCAGUAUUUUUUUCAUAUUAAUGCCUACAUGAAAAUACUUAUUAAUAAUGAACAGAUUAAUGGAAUAAUCUAACAAUGGAUUAACACCCACCUCUGACCACUGGAAAUGUUUAAACAUCUUAGUAAAGUCUUUGCCACAAAUAUGUUAGGCGCCUGACAACCCCAAAGAAAAGGCCCAGCUCAGUUGUGAUUUAUUGACAGUACUAAUGUAUGU